AUGCCGAAUGGACCUAUAAGUCUACCACGUCGGGCGUAUGACCCCUCAAGGCUUUGUUUAAUCAGUCUGCCCAAGAUCGACCUGGGAUCUACGGGAAGGAAGACUGGCGUUCACGUUAGUGGCGCAUUGUUUGCAGCUGGCUGGUGGAUUUUUAUCGAUGCCUGUAUGUUAUCCGCAACGAUGAAGCCGUCUCCAGCCGCGCCCUUCGAUCCUGUCCCUGUUCAUGUGCGAUUCUCUGAUUGGAUUCCAGGGCUAUGCUCCUCCUUGGGCAUGGCGAUUGUGAAUCUGAUAGAUAAGAAGCGUCUACUAUCAGAAGCUUCAGAGGGGUUCUCCUUUUCCGGAGAAGAUAGUGUUGUUUGGAAGGGUAGACUACUGUUGUUUGUUGGAUUUGCACUGUUGGCUGGUGGUUUGGCCGGAAGUAUCUCAGUGCUUGUUUUGAAAUAUGUGAUACCCGAUUGGGGCCCUGAGAAUUUCACGUACUGGGGGGUGGCCAACGUGCUGCAAAAUCUGGCGAUCAUGUUGUGUACUAUCAUCUUAUGGAUCACUCAAAAUACCGAAGAAUACGAGUAUGCAUUAUCGUAA